AUGGCCUCAGCCAUACCCUUGACAAUGAUGUGGGAGGAGGUCACGUGCUCUAUCUGCCUGGAUCCCAUGGUGGCGCCCAUGAGCAUUGACUGUGGUCAUAGCUUCUGCCAGGAGUGCAUCUCUGAGGUCGGGAAAGACGGGGGCAGUGUCUGUCCUGUGUGCCGACACCACUUCCUGCUCCAGAACCUCCGGCCCAAUCUACAGGUAGCCAACAUGGUGGACAACCUUCAAAAAAUCAGCCAGGGUGCCAUGGAGGGCCCACACGGGGAGCUGUGUGCGGUGCACAGAGAGAAACUUCACCUCUUCUGUGAGAAAGAUGGGAAGGCCCUUUGCUGGGUGUGUUCCCAGUCCCAGAAACACCGUGAUCAUCCCAAGGUCCCUAUUGAGGAGGCUGCUCAGGAGUACCAGGAGAAGCUUCAGGUGGCAUUAAAGAAACUAAGAGAUAAGCAGGAGUUGGCUGAGAAGCUGGAAUUGGACAUUGCAAUGAAGAAAGCCUCCUGGAAGGGGAAAGUUGAGGCGCACAAAUUGAGAAUUCAUGAAGAGUUUGUAAGGCAGAAAAACUUCCUGGCCGAAGAGGAGCAGAAGCAACUGCAGAAUCUAGAGGAGGAGGAGAGGCAACAGCUGAGAACCCUGGGGGACACAGAGGCCAGGCUGGCCCAGCAGAUCCAGGCCUUGCAGGAGCUGAUCGCAGAGCUGGAGAGGAGGAGGCAGGGCUCGGCGCUGGAGCUGCUGCAGGAGGUGAAAAGUGUCCUGGAAAGGAGUGAAUCCUGGAGCCUGAAGGAGCUGGAUGUUGCCUCCACAGACCUGAGGAAUGUAAUCUAUGUGCCCGGGAUCAAGAAGAUGCUGAGGACGUGUGGAGUACACAUCACCCUGGAUCCACAGACAGCCAAUCCGUGGCUCAUCCUUUCGGAGAAUCGGAGACAAGUGAGGCUUACAAACACCCGGCAGGACGUGCCUGAAAAUGAGGAGAGAUUUGAUACUUACCCCAUGGUACUGGGUGCCCAGCGCUUUAACUCCGGGAAAGUUUACUGGGAGGUAGAUGUGACAGGAAAGGAAGCCUGGGACCUGGGGGUUUGUAGAGACAAUGUGCAGAGGAAGGGGCAGUUUUCGCUCAACUCCGACAAUGGCUUCUGGAUUAUCUGGCUGUGGAACAAACAGAAAUAUGAGGCUGGCACCUGCCCCCAGACUCCCCUCCACCUUCAGGUGCCUCCAAGCCGAGUUGGGAUCUUCCUAGAUUAUGAGGCCAGCACUGUCUCUUUCUACAACAUCACUGACCACGGCUCCCUCAUCUACACCUUCUCCGAAUGUGCCUUUGCUGGACCUCUGCGGCCCUUCUUCAAUCCUGGUUUCAAUGAUAGAGGAACAAACUCAGCCCCUCUGAUCCUCUGUCCACUUAACACAGGCUGGUAG